GAUACAGAUACGGAUACGGUGGCUGCGGCAUCCGAUCGCGCGCCACGGUUUUUUCUCGAUCCAUAAAACUUUAACGGAAAUCGUCGUGUGCCAUGCUGUGCUAUACCAUUUUCUAGAGGCUGUCUAUAAAAAACUAAACUACCAGACAGUCUAACCACCAAAUAAAAGAUAAAAUUAGGUUUCAAAAUGAACUCAACCACGGAAAUAUCAUUUUUGGAUCUAAACUCCAGCAUUAUUUCCGAUUCUUUCGGGACAAGUUCAUUUCCGGUCUAUGAAUCGGAGACAGAGUAUGCUUGUGGUACUUUUAAUUGUACUCCCACGGAAUUUGUGGAGUUUGUUCUUGGUCCACAAACCUUGCAACUAUGGAAGGCGAUUUUGAUAACAAUUAUAUUUGGAGGCAUUUUUAUAACAGGUAUCAUUGGAAACCUAUUAGUUUGUAUUGUAAUUGUUCGACAUUCCGCCAUGCACACGGCUACCAACUAUUACCUCUUCAGUUUAGCCGUGUCGGACCUAUUAUACUUACUUCUGGGCCUCCCAACGGAAGUAUUUUUAUUUUGGCAUCAGUAUCCAUAUCUGUUCGGACUGCCAUUCUGCAAGAUACGCGCCUUUAUUUCCGAAGCAUGUACUUAUGUCUCGGUAUUUACGAUUGCGGCAUUUUCCAUGGAAAGAUUUCUGGCCAUUUGCCAUCCUUUGCAUUUGUAUGCCAUGGUUGGCUUUAAACGGGCUCUUCGGAUAAUAGCCCUUCUUUGGGUGGCCAGUUUUAUAAGUGCAAUACCUUUUGGAGUUUUGUCGGAUAUUAUAUAUUUAACAUAUCCAUUAGAUAAUUCAACUAUUGCGGAAUCGGCUUUCUGCAGCAUGUCACCAGAAAUUGUGAAUGUGGUUCCCAUAUUCGAACUAUCAUUUUGCAUAUUCUUUGUGAUUCCCAUGAUACUCAUCCUAUUACUAUAUGGAAGAAUGGGACUCAAGAUUCGAUCCAGAACUAAUCAAAAAUUGGGUGUUCAACAUGGAAACAUAAACCGAGAGUCCCGAAACUCACAAAUGAGGAAGAAGACCGUGAUUCGAAUGUUGGCCGCUGUGGUGAUAACCUUUUUUGUAUGCUGGUUUCCGUUUCACCUCCAACGACUUUGGUUUCUGUACGCCCAGAACAACGAAAAUUACUAUAAUGUAAAUGAAUGGUUAUUCUCCAUAGCAGGAUUUGCCUACUAUGUUUCAUGCACAAUCAAUCCGAUAGUAUAUAGCGUGAUGUCGCGACGCUAUAGGGUGGCAUUUAGGGAACUCCUUUGUGGAAGACCUGUGGGAGCGUAUUACAACAGUGGUUUUGCCAGGGACCACUCCAGUUUCCGGGAGAGUACCGCCACAAGCAUGGGCAACCACAUCAACUAUGAUAGAGUUCACUCGGUCCAUGUUCGAGCAAGCCGGCAGCCAAAUAUUAUUAAGGAAAAAGACAGUCCAUCUCAAAACAGAGUAUUAAUCAAAAAAACCUACAGUCUUCCACUUCCAAAGACUUUGGAUUCGACAGUUCUAAGCACAACCGACAUAGUCAUCGUUCUGGAAAAUAACUCCAUUGCCAGGAAUCCUGUUUGUGAGGAAUCAAAAGUGUCUAACGAUAUCUGGAUAGAAAACGAGGAAACUUGCAUUUAAGGACAACGAUUGGAUGAGUUUUUUUAGCCAAAGUAGAGAUUACAUUAAGACCUCUCCUCAUUUUUAUUAAAUAAAAGCAUUUUAUGAAUUUUGUAAGCAA